AUGGCGGACGCCCAACAGGAAGAAAAUUUGAUCAAAGAAUACUUUAGCAAGGGUUUCGAAUACAAAGAAAUUAUCGAGUUUUUGACUAAGAAUCAUUCUAUAAAUAUGAGCAUCGCGACCCUUAAAAGACGCAUAAAAGUAUAUGGCCUUCAAAGGAAAAAUGCGGAUUACGACAUUGAUGUUAUUACGGAGAAAAUCCGAACUAUUUUGGAUGGACCUGGCUGUAUUGCGGGUUACCGACACGUAUGGCAUACACUUAAGUUACAAGGUAUUUCUGUGCCAAGAAGUGUUGUCCAGCACUUAAUAAAGCAACUUGAUCCCGAAGGGGUAGAACAGAGAAAGGCUCAUAAACUUCGGCGAAGAACGUAUCACAAUCGGGGACCGAACGAUGUUUGGCACUGUGAUGGAUAUGAUAAGUUGAAACCAUUUGGUUUUCCCAUUCACGCAUGCAUUGAUGGGUGGAGCCGAAAAAUCUUAUGGCUAUACGUGACACGUUCAAAUAAUUUACCACAAAAUAUAGCAGCAUAUUACCUUGAAACAGUUCGACAACUGAGAGGCUGCCCCAUGAAAUUGGUGACGGAUCUUGGCACCGAGAAUGGUAUCAUGGCUUCAUUACAGUCCUUUUUUCGAGACGAUAUUCACAGUCAUCGUUACGUACCAUCUCCAAGAAAUCAAAGAAUAGAGGCCUGGUGGUCUUAUUUUAGGAGAAGCAGAAUUACUUGGUGGAUGAAUUUUUUUAAAGAUUUAGAAGACCAACAGGUAUUUAAUCGGGCAAGUGAACUGCAAUCUGAAUGCCUCUGGUUUGUCUUUGCAUCACUUUUACAAGCGGAUUUAGACUAUGUCAAAGAGCACUGGAAUACGCACUACAUACGGAAAUCACGCUAUGAUACCGUGGCUGGUCGACCAGAUUCGUUAUACUUUUUGCCUGAAGUAAAUGGUGGUGUUUCUGACAUUAUAUUGCCUGUGCCUGAACACGACAUGGUUUACGCACAAACACAUGUUGUGGACAAUGCAGAACACAAUGUGUUCCAGGAGUAUUUUCAUUACGUAAUAAACACUUGUGAGUUACAAACACCAGGGAACUGGAGAGAUGGACUACAUUUAUACAAUAUACUACUUGAUUAUGCAAACAAUGGAAUGUAG